AUGUCGAAACCCAUCUCAUCCUCCUCGAUCCUCCUCACUCGUCUCUUCCAAGACCUCGCCGGCACGUGGCUGCUCAACCGUAAGUUACAAAGCGCCGAUCCUUCGGAACCAUCAGGGCGAUGCUCAGGCACAGCGACAUUCACAAAGACCCCUUCUCCAUCACCUGUGCUUGAUGCCGAUGGAAAACUCCACAUUGCCGAUGCAGAAUUGUUGUAUCAUGAGCAGGGUGACUUCGAGAUGAUGAAGGCCGUCGGCAACAACCUGGCCAGCGUUCCCACCUUCACCUUCUCGAGGAAAUACAUCUGGCGUUUGUCAAGGGCCGAAAAUGCCUACACAAUCAGCAUCUGGUUCACCAAGCCAGGGACCGAGACCAUUGACUACCUCUUCCACAAGAUCGACCUCCCUUUCGACAACGCCGCAGAUUCGCAGUCGGAACUGAGGCUCGUCCUCAACGGUACAGGAGGCCAUCUCUGCGUUGAAGACUUUUACAACAGUUCUUACUCAUUCACAUUGAAACGAUCUGACGCGAAUUCCCCUUUCUCUCUCUUCUCCUGGACCACUCUCCAUGAAGUUCUUGGUCCAAAGAAAGAUCAACACAUUGAGACGACUUUCAUCCGACCCUGA